UAACGAAAAUAUUCAGUGUAGAGUACAAUCCACUAAGAACCGGCAAUGGCUAGCGACCUAACAUCUUCAGAUUAUUCUGAACUGCAAGACGAACAUGCCAGAAAUAAAACAAACGUAAAAUGCUGUCACUGUGACUCACUCAUUCUAAAACCGACAAACGCCGAAUUCGUGAACACUGAGUUCGAGCUACCUAUGGAAGGUUGUAAAGAGAAGGACGACACAAAAGAAACAUUGAGACAUUUUUGGGAGGUAACGGAUAUAUACACGUUUGAAAACAUAGGCUUCACGAACACGGUGAACGAUAAAAAGUAUCUCAUAUGUGCCGAUUGUCAUAAGGGUCCUAUUGGAUAUUUCGAUUUGGCAACGAAGAUUAGCUACGUUGCACUCAGUCGCGUUAAGAACGAAUAGUUGAGUGGAGGAGGGAGAAGAAAUAUCUUAGCCACGGCGUUGCUGUCCGUUGGCCUUAUAGCAUAAUUGUCCGAUUGGGAAGCGCGUUCCUUAAUACACAUUCUGCCGGGGGGCUCUACAAUAAACCAAUUUACAGAUUUUAUUUUGCAU